AUGGCCUGGAAUGUCCGUGGGAUGACAGACGAAUCCAAGCGUUUGCUCAAAGAACAUUGUAGUUUUUUUUCUCCUGUUAUCUUGGGUAUUAUUGAACCUAAGAAAGCUCUUCGUAAAAUUCGGCAAAAUUUUUGGAAUUCUUUGAAUUUGGUUCCGGUGCAUCAGAAUUUUCGGGACCCUAGCUGUCCGAAUAUUUGGAUCCUUGCUCAGCCUUCGAUUGUCACCACUGUGAUCUUUUCGUCGUCUCAGGCGGUUAUCGUUGAUUGUAUUUGGCAGAAUCUUUUUUUUCGGGUUGCCAUUGUCCAUGGUGCUAAUGAUCAGAGUCUUAGACGUGAUCUCUGGAGAGAUAUGCUCCAUUUUUCUUCUGGUAAUACAGUUUUUAUUGGGGACUUUAAUGCGGUGAAAGGUGCCCAUGAAAGGAUCAGCUCUGCUUCUCCUGCCAGGAGUUCCUGUAUGGAUUUUUGUUCUUUUAUUGGUGAUACUUGUUUUAUUGAGUCUCCUACUGAUGGGUUGCGUUUUACUUGGUCGGGACAUCGGUUUCUUCCUCGUCACGUGGAAUCCAUUCUUGAUAGAGCUCUUUUCUCUCAGAGUUUUGCUGAUCUUUGGGAUUCUGUGGUCACUUCGGUUCUUCCUCGGAUAACUUCUGACCACUCUCCUCUCGUUUUAAGAUGCAACCGUUUCAGUUACUCUGGCAAACGACAGUUUCGUUUUUUGAACAUGUGGGUUCUUCAUCCUACGUUUCAGGAAAUGGUUCGUACCUCGUGGCAGAAUGCCGUUAGUACUAGUUGUCCGAUUCUACGUGUGAUGCUGGCGCUUAAGCGGCUUCGUACUGAUAUCAAGAGCUGGAAUAAGGAAAUCUUUGGAAACGUGGAUUUGAGAAUUAACGAUUUUCAGCGCCAGUUAGCUAUCACUCAGAGAAAGAUUUCGGAAAUUAGUUACACAGAUGAUUUGUUUGAUGAGGAGGUGGGUUUACAAGCAGAGUUGAAUGUAGCCCUUACUCGGAAGAAUAAUCUCUUGCAGCAGAAGAGCAGGGCUACCUGGUUGCAAGAUGGGGACAGGAAUACUUCAUUUUUUCACGGAUUGACUAAGUUUAAAAAGAGGAAUACGUCGAUCACUCGGUUAACUAUUAAUGGAGUGGAUACCUAUGAUCAAGAGACAAUUGAGCAGCAUAUUGUUGGUCAUUUUUCUGCUUUGUUUACUGAUGAUGGCAGUCCGAACGCGGAUCCGUUGGAGGUGGAGGCUCUCAUUGAUCACACUGUUUCUGAGGAGCAGAAUCAUAUUUUAGUUUGUACUCCUGAUGAGAGUGAGAUUGCUGCAGCCGUUUUUGGUAUGGAUUCCAACAGUGCUCCUGGUCCUGAUGGCUUUUCGGGUAAGUUUUUUUCAUAG